GCUCUUGACUUGCUUGUCUUGAAACACAAAAAACAAGGAUUUGCUUCUUCUCUGAUCUUCAGCAGUCAGGGGCUAUUUGAAGUUAGUUGUAACAAAUGGAUCUUCGAGAGCCUCACCGUAGUGUACUCCUAUCUUCUUGUAAUGUACUGGACAGGACGCAACAUACUCUCAUCACAGGAUUACUCAACUACUAGCAUUCAUGUUCCAUCGUGCCUGAAGGUGGCUAAGGAGUAUUACUAGUAUUCGCCACAACCCGUUAUUUGGCGAGAUAAGCUUUUUGCUCCAACGCCUUGGAAAGGUGGAAAGAAUAUUUGAAUAGCUCUUGGUGCUCCUUUGUGGAGCUGACAACCGGCAGAAAAACUGGCGCACCGAAAGAUGACUGGAGGUGUGGACAGCAGCGCUGAUGUUCUGCUGGCCACUGCCGGCUACGAUCACACGAUUCGUUUCUGGCAAGCUCACUCAGGCAUCAGCCUGCGAACUCUGCAACACCCAGACUCGCAAGUAAAUUGCUUGGCCUUCUCGCCGGACCGGGUUAUUAUCGCUGCAGCAGGCCAUCAGCAUGUCCGUAUGUACGACGUCAACUCGAACAAUCCGAAUCCGGUUGUCAACUAUGACGGUAUGUCCAAGAAUGUAAUGGACUGUGGGUUCCAGUGCGAUGGACAGUGGAUGUGGACAGCUGGCGAGGACAAGACCGUCAAGAUCUGGGACUUGCGAUCACCGCGUGUAGCGUGUCAGCGUAUGUUCCAGGCUGAUUCACCCGUCAACUGUGCUGUGUUGCACCCCAAUCAGGGAGAAAUCAUUCUUGGUGAUGCGACCGGCGCUAUUCAUAUCUGGGAUCUUCGAAACGAUGAUGAUAGCGGUUCCAGCCAUCUUCUGAAACCAGAUCAUGAAGCAUCCAUCCAAUGCCUAGCUAUCAACCAAGAUGCCAACUACCUAGCCUCCAUAAACAACAAGGGUGACAUUUACGUCUGGAGUUUGUCACAGUCCUCACCGGACCACGCUUGCACCCUGACACCCAAGACCAAAGUGAAGGCACAUGAGAAAUACGGACUCAAAUGUCGCUUCAGUCCCGACUCAUGUUUGUUGGCCACCACGUCGGCAGACAGCAGUAUCAAGAUUUGGAACACGGCCGACUGGUCUCUGCGUCAGACCCUGACUGCGGAGAGUCAACGCUGGGUGUGGGACGCUCAGUUCUCUGCUGAUUCAAACUACAUUGUCACCGCAUCAUCGGAUGGCAACGGUCGCCUGUGGUGUGUGGACGACGGGGAUGUGCGCCGCACAUACAGUGGUCACCAGAAGGCCAUCGUGUGUCUGGCAUUCCACGACAAAUCCCCCGGCUCAUAAUGCUACAGGCUAUUAGUACUUGUUGCCGCUGCUGGGUAGCUGCAAUAUGGUAGCUACAUGGUUGGAGACAACGUCGUGGCAUGUGUGCUUGCUAUCAUCUCGCCUGCUCCCUGGGUAAGGAGAUUUAUGUCAACUUUGCGCAGCACCGUGCACGGACUGAGCAUGCACGGCGCGCUGUUUCUAGCUGGCCUGUGCAGCUGCUUACAGCGUUGUGGACACUACCGCUGCUGAAACUUCUACUGGUAGAUAGCCCUUUCCUCUGUGCGUUGUUCAACCUGUUUCUGCAAUGGAUCUUGCGUUUUGCUGUUGAUAAUACGUCACUCAAGCCCUUUUUUCCCCUUUUUUGAUGAUACGUGCUUUCUUCUCUUUGCUCGACAUCCCUCUUGAUUAGGGUUUUUUUCAUGAGCAGUGCUGCCUAUAUCAGCUUGCUCUAGCUGGCUAGCUUUUUUGCAGAAUUACUUUAGCGUGCUGUGCACUCUGUGUGUGUGUGUGUGUGUGUGUGUGUGUGUGUGUGUGUGUGUGUGUGUGUGUGUGUGCGUGUGUGUGCCUGUGUGUGUGUGUGUGUGCCUGUGUGUGUGUGUGUGUGUGUGUGUGUGUGUGAGAGAGAGAGAGAGAGAGAGAGAGAGAGAGAGAGAGAGAGAGAGAGAGAGAGAGAGAGAGAGAGAGAGAGAGAGAGAGAGAGAGAGAGAGAGAGAGAGAGAGAGAGAGAGAGAGAGAGAGAGAGAGAGAGAGAGAGAGAGAGAGAGAGAGAGAGAGAGAGAGAGAGAGAGGUUGUAUGUGCGCACAGGUGCGUGCACCUGCAUUUCAAAUGUCCUAUUGCAUUCAUUACUCUCAGCUUGAUUUGGUUGCUAUUCCUAACUAACCCCCCACCCCCACCCCUUCUCAUCCUCUUUUAGUUGGCUUUAUGGGUUGCGGGCUGCCAAUAGCCAUGUUGAGGUAGACAUGAUUUUCAAAUUUUAUUCUGCGUAAGUUUGUGCGGUCAUGUGCAUGUAGCGAAAGCAGAUAGCGAAAGCAGAUCUGUUUUCUUUUUCUUUUGUUGUUGUUGUGGUCGUUGUUGAUGUUGUUGUGGUCGUCGUUGUUGUUGUUGUUGUUGUUGUUGUUGUGGUGGUCGUUGUUGUUGUUGUUGUUGUUGUUGUUGUUGUUGUUGUUGUUUCAGUCGUUUUGAUCGCUGCCGCUGACUAUUGGCAGUAUUGCAAUUGCUGUCUUGGCUAGUUUGAGUCCUCGUUGAGCAUACUGCAUUCAUUGUAUUGUUCACUUCUGUGUUAUUUUAUUUUCACCAGUCUUUUUGCACAUUAACACCUUUGUUUGGUAUGCGUUCUCACGGAGACGCUACCGGAAUAUGUUGAGCGAGUCAAUGUCGA